AACUGCUGUACACACUAUUUUUGCAGAGAACUAUCAUCUGUAUUAUCGGUGUGGAUGACAGGUAGCCUGCUUCCUCUAAAGACAGUUUUGCCUGAAUACCGGCUGGACAGUUUCUUGGAGCUAUCCAACACAACAUUGAUCCAUUUCUCCAGUAAGUUUCAGGUUGGACACCAUCAGCUGAUAUGUGAAGUGUGGGUCCCAAUCAAGACCGGUUUAAGAAGUAAGUGACAAGAUGAUGCGGUGGAGCACACAUUCUGGGCGCUUCUGGUAUUGAGAGCCGCUUGGGGGUAUCCAACCAGAAGGUCAACGUGAUGACGGCCUGGUCUAUGGUGGAAAGGCUGAAAAUGGAGAAGAGGCACUCCCAAGAAGAGAGGACUGUUGAGCAAGAUGGUGGAGAUUGCAGCACUGAAUCUGAAGAAUGGACAAGCUCCGAGAGUGAACCUGAGCAGCCUUGCCUCAAGAGUAGCUCCAGCAGCACCCUGUGGAGGGAGAAGGACCUUCCGCACAAGCCGCACCGGCAGCUUUGCCGUUCUCCUUGCUUGGAUCAUCCGAGUUUCUCCCAAAACAGUCUUCUUCAGGAUUUAAAACUGGAAGAUGGUAAAGCAAACUCAGACAAAGAAUAUCAAGCUAAAAUUGAUUUUGCUUUAAAACUGGGCUAUGCAGGGGAUCAGAUUCAAGCUGUGUUGAACAAGUUGGGGGCAGAUGCUCUCAUCAAUGAUAUUUUGGCUGAACUUGUGAGACUUGGAAGCAAGGCUGAGAAUGAAGGACCGACUAGUCUUGGAAGUACCACUGCUCCUGCGGGUGGAACGGCUACAAAAGAGGUUGCCAGUCCUGAGCUGUCCUUGGAGGAAGAAGUCGUGGACAGUUCUGAUAACUUGAGACCAAUUGUAAUUGAUGGAAGUAAUGUGGCAAUGAGCCAUGGAAAUAAAGAAGGAUUUUCUUGUCGAGGGAUUCAGUUAGCUGUUGACUGGUUUCUGGAAAAGGGUCACAAAGAUAUAACAGUAUUUGUGCCAGCCUGGAGGAAAGAACAGAGUCGACCAGAUGCUCCAAUUUCAGACCAAGAAAUCUUGCACAAAUUGGAGAAGGAAAAAAUUCUUGUUUUCACCCCAUCUCGGAGAGUGCAAGGGAGACGAGUUGUCUGCUACGAUGACCGCUUUAUAGUGAAAUUGGCUUAUGAUUCUGAUGGCAUCAUUGUGUCAAAUGACAAUUAUCGUGACCUUCAAAAUGAAAAGCCAGAAUGGAAGAAAUUCAUAGAGGAACGGCUGCUUAUGUAUUCUUUUGUAAAUGACAAGUUUAUGCCACCUGACGAUCCAUUAGGACGCCACGGCCCUAGUCUUGAAAACUUCUUAAGGAAAAAGCCAGUUGUUCCAGAGCACAAAAAGCAGCCAUGUCCUUAUGGAAAAAAAUGCACCUACGGACACAAAUGUAAAUAUUACCACCCAGAACGGACAAACCAGCCCCUGAGAUCCGUUGCAGAUGAGCUUCGCAUUAGUGCAAAAUUAUCUGCUGUGAAAACGAUGAGCGAAGGUGCGCUGGCCAAAUGUGGCUCAGGGACAGCCCUUUGCAAGGGGGAGAACCCUUCAGAAGUGAAGCGCAAUCCUCCGAAACGUCAGUCGGAUCCAAGCAUUCGGUCUGUCGCUGUGGACCCUGAGGACCGGCUGUCGAUGAUGCGGAAGCCUGAGGCAAGCUCCGUCCCGUCCCUUGUUUCGGCGCUAAGUGUCCCAACCCUUCCGCCUGCUAAAAGCCAUGCAGUUGGAGCCUUAAAUGCUCGGUCAGCGAGUAGCCCUGUGCCCGGUUCUUCUUCUCAGUUCACACAUCAGAAAUCCUCCCUAGAACACAUGGCCAGCAUGCAGUACCCUCCAAUCCUGGUCACCAACAGCCAUGGGGCUUCAAUCAACUACACAGAUCCAUACCCCAAAUAUGAAUCUUUGGGAGACCAUGGCUAUUAUUCUAUGCUCAACGACUUUUCCAGUUUGAGCAUUAGCAACAUACACAAUGCGGAUUAUUAUGGAGUUGAUAUAGACCAAGGUAUCUACUCAAGAAAUUCAAGCCCAUGUCCUGACAGUUGCUUAAGCCAUGCAAGUAAUGAUUCUUAUUCUUCAUAUAGUGACCUGUACCUGGGCGUAGGGGAUGUGAGUUCAGAGGAUCACACGAAAGUUCCUCGGAUUCCACCGCAAAGCCGACUUCAGCCUUCUUCUCAUGGCUAUCAUGAGAGUUUAACUAGGGUACACAGCUACAGCACUGAAAGGUCUAAACAUACUCCACGCAAACAUUCAGCUUCUCAUUUAGCACUACACGUCCAACACCCUCUUGUUGGAGCACGGUCCAGUUGCCCAGGGGACUACCCUGUGCCUCCAAACAUGCACCCAUCAGCCACUGCCCAGCCAAGCCGUGCACUGGUAAUGACGAGGAUGGAUAGUGUUUCUGACUCAAGACUUUACGAAAGCAACCCGACUCGGCAGAAAAGGCCACCCCUCUGUCGAGAGCAACAUGCCAGCUGGGACCCAUUGCCAUGUGCAACAGAUGCCUACUCUUACCAUUCCUACCCCUUGAGCAACAGUCUUAUGCAACCAUGUUAUGAGCCCGUCAUGGUGAGGAGCAUGCCUGAGAAGAUGGAACAGCUUUGGCGGAACCCUUGGAUUGGCAUCUGUGGGGAGCCCCAAGAGCCACGCGUUAUCCCAGAGCACCAGUACCAGACCUAUAAGAACCUCUGUAAUAUUUUUCCUGCUAGUGUCGUCCUUUCUGUAAUGGAGAAGAAUCCCCACAUGACAGACGCGCAGCAGUUGGCGGCUAUGAUCGUUGCCAAGUUGAGAACAGGGCGCUAGAAUGCGUUUCGCUUUGAAUUCCUGGAGAGAAAUAUUGACUGCCCCAGACAAGCGUUCUGCAGGAGGUACCUGUGAACAUAUAGAGAUAUUCUCUGUUUGGGAAUAGUUUCCAGCUGUGGUAUACAACUCUGUACAUUGUUUUGGCAAUUACAUUUAUUAUGUGUUUGAAGCAUUCUGUAAAGGCAGAUUGUACUAUAAGUAUUAAAUAAUUUUUUAAAGCUGGGAUUUUUAAAAAGGUAUUUUACAGGAAGUGCAUACUUUUUGCAUGGAUGUAUAUUGUUUCUUGAAUCCGAAAGGUCAUAUGUUGGUAUGUCUGAAAUGAGUCCCUCAAACGUGUUAGCAAUUAUAUUGCAUGAGUGAGUUUUAUAGUUUGCAGCAUCAGCUGGCAGGCUGCUCCAAGAAAAUGCGCUGUGUGCAUUCGAAUAUCCUCACAAACUGAAGGUUGGCCCGGUCUCCUUGUCCAUCUCUUUCGAAGAGCUCAUCUGAAGCCCAGUCAGCCGACGCGUCUUAGUGGUACAUAGCGAGCACUUCUGACCUGAAGGAGUCUUGGGAGACGACUCAGUUCUCUGGGAAAUUCAUUUUGUGCACAUAGGAGAAAUCUGUUUGCUGUCCAAGUGAGGAAAACGGUAUGACGGAUCGGGGGGCAGGAGAAUCAUUGCAUGGAUGAAGCACAACUAAGGUGUGCUUUGUAUUUUGGGGGGUAGCUAGUGCCCUUUGGGGACAAGGCCAUCAGUGACAAAUGGAUUACAUGAAAGCAAGUAUAACAAUUCUCAGCUAAAUGUUGCUGUAUCAUUUGCACAUAAAUCUUGUUGAAAUUGGCAUGCAUGGGUUUUAAAAUACGAUUAAUUGUACAAUUCAAUUCGCUACAGUCCAAAGGCGGUAAAAUUGUAGCAUCCCAAAUCAAAUUCCACUUUUCAGUUUGGCCCAAAUACCACUAAAUAAGAAAUAAGUUUUUAAAAAUGAUUAAACAUUGAUGAUAGAAGGUAGAGUAGUUUUCAAAGGGAUGCUACAGAAUUGAUGAGCUCGUUUUGGUUUUUCACUUUCAGAUCCAUGCAAAAGUAUGCAUUUGCUUCUUGGAGCUCUUUGGCUCAAAUCAUCUUUCUGUGGGUGGCAAAUGUUUGGGUAUUUUUGCUCAGGAGCAGGCAACUUUGUAGCUAAAUGCCUCCCAUAAGAGACAUUUACACAGGUGUGGUGGCUUUUCCAUUUUCUUUUUUUAAAGCUGCACUGAGUGGACACCCUUUUUAAAUCCAAAUGUGUAUUUGAACAUUUUGAACCAUUACUAACUCGAUAUGUCUCGAGCUAGGACUUGUUGACUUCUACUGUAGUUUUUUUUCAUGAAAGUCGAGAAGGCCAAGUUUCUGGCCUUUUGUUUCUUCAUGAGAAGGUGUGACACUGCCUAAAUGUUUCUGACUAGGAAACACAUGGAAUGUGAGGCUGCCGUCAGGGUUGUUUCUGGUGUUUUGAGAAUGGCUUCCAAGCUGCUUUCUGAUUAUUUUUUUUGACCCAGGGGAUUGGGGUUGCGGGGAACCGUCCCAAUGGUGUUUCAUGUUGCUGGAAUAAUUUCCAGUGAUGUCAAGAAUGGGUGCAUAAUUCUAGUCAGGGCCAGGUAGGAUUCUUGAGGUGGCUCCAGACAGGGAGGAUGCCACUAACUGGCGGGGUGCUGAUUCCAUCCCAGUGUCGUAACAAGCAUAAUUGUGCAAGGAUACUAACAAGAGAGGAGACCUUGUUUAGUUUUUUGAGAUUCUGCUGAACAUGCAGAAAAAGGCUAUCUGAUGGCAGGGUCUCUCUGCAGAGAAGAAGGACAUCAGUUCACCUGACAGCUUCUUUCUCAACCUCAGGAGAUGUCACCUGCCUGUAGCUGUUCCACAGAGCCGUCUUCUGAUUUUAAAGGCAGGCUUUAUUUCCUGAUAGGAAGAUAGUUGUGGAUCACCUGCCACAACCACUGCAUUUGUCACGGUAUAGCUUUUUUCCAGAUUGCUACUUGGGACACACCAGUAGCCCAUCUGUUGUGGCCGCUGAUUGGAUUGCCUUUGGAAAGGUUUGGGUGGUGCACUGUGCUGAGUGACUGUGUUGUGGGCCCUGAACAUGACCAGUUUUAUCCACCGUUUUAGAAGUGCUGAAGAGAAAUGCAGAUUAGCUUUUUGGUUUAAUGUGCGCCCCGAACAUUCUUACCAUAUUUGGCCUUUUUGUUGUAAAAAAAAAUAUCCAGUUAUCCAAACCCUUUUAUCAAUUAGAACAAAAUCCCAUUUUUUGAGAUGUCUUCUCUUUUAAAAGUAGCUGACAGCAACGCCUCAAAUAACCAGAAACGACUUUUUGUUUGUUGAUACAAAUUGUAUCUUUCUUGAUUGUAUAAAAAAAAAUGUAUAAAAGCCAUCUCUAGAUUAGCUCAAUAUUGUACUUUCAUCACUAUGUUUGUGACACUGUGUGUCAAAGGGGAGUAGCCCAUGGAGGAUUAUAAAUCUUUUUAUUUAAAAUGGGCACUUAACAGUUUAUAGAAAAAAACAAAGGCAAAUUUUGAAAUCCAUUUUAUUACUAUAACGUGCACCGCUAACGUGUGUGCAUUUAAGAGCAUUAUGCUGCAUAAGUUAUAUAUUGUCUAUUUAUUAAUACAUGGCAAAGAAUUUUUUUGUAAAAUACUGGUGUUAAUAAGGCUGAUGUUCAUAUUUAUACAUGGCUAUUGACAGUAAAACUGCUCUACAUCCUGCUUUUGUUCUGAAAAGGAUAACUACAGAAGUACGACUUAGGUUCAGUGUGAAAUUUUGUGUGCUCACAAUCUUUUGCAUGGAAUCCAAUUUCUAUAUGUAUAAAAUAGGUGUUUUCCAUUUUACCCCUAUCAUAAGGCAAUCCUGUAGUCAAUUCUAGCAGAAUCUUUCAGCACACUGAAUGCUGAACAAAAGCUACUGCAUGAGUUUUUUUUAAAAUUGGGGAUGAAAAUAUUUUACUGUCAGUAAAAGCUAUAUACUUAGUUCUAUAUAUUGUUAGCAAUAUAUUAAAAAUGUUACAAGUCUCUUGUGUGCUUUCUUGGGAAGAAAUAAAUAUUGCUAUGGAGAGGAAGUUGUAUACUAUCUGUAGCACCUCUUUUCCUCAAGGAAGGAAUUCCCUUUUUCUAAAAUGGUUUCAAAAUAUAAUCUGUACAAGCAAAGAGAGAAUGACAAUUUUAAAAUAGCGUCUGAUUUUUUGCUGCUAAUUAUUUUUCACUGACUCUUAUUACAUUUGCUGAUUUACUUAUUUCUGUCUCCCUCCCUUGACUUUUUCAAUACCAGUUCAAAACACUGACAUUUCACUGCCUUCAUCUCUCAGUGUUGAAUUUCUUCUUAUGUAGAAGGGAUGGUAUAAAAAAUCACAACUGCCUGUAUUGUAAAUACAACAUUUUGCUUUUAAAUGCUCUUUUUGAGAGCACAGUAUUUAUUUAUUUAUUAUUUUGUGUAUCAAACAGCUGUAGCUUAUCUAUCUUGAAAAGGCCAGAAAACUUCAUCCUAUAAAGUAUUUAUUUGCAUUUGAAUUUUCUGUAAUGUACUGUUGUAUAAUGCUUAAUACUCAGUUUGCUUAGCUACUGAGAUCUGGGGUAGGUGAAAUAAUUUUGAAAUGCAAGCUUCAGUUAAGUGAUUUUUGUAAAUAUUUAGUAGUGCUUUUUUGCUUGUACAGCUUCUGACUACUGUUAGUCCUGUUGUAGUAUUUACAGUGGUUUACUUUUUUU